CCAUCACGGGAAUCGGACGCGGUCAUGGCGGCGGCGAGAAUCGUGUGGAGACGAAAUUCCUCCACAUUUUUGCGUAUUUCUCCCAUUUCCCGGGACUGGGCACGCCGGAAUCACAGCGCAGCCCCACUCGAUGAGUACACGGACGUGCCCGAAUACCCACCCAUCCUCGACGUCAGCACAGAAGCGAAGAAAAAGAGGAAAACCGAGGCAUGGCACCAGAAGAUCACAGACCUACCGACCCUCGAGCAGAAGCUAAUGGAGCUCAACAUGCCCAAAUACUACGGCUAUUGGGCAUGCAAGCUGUUGGACACGAAACCCACGCUCCAGGGCACGUCCUUUACCCAGUAUGCCACCAGGACUCACGUGGUAGAAGGAUUACCUGAAGGAUACCACGAGAAGGAGGCGGCGGCGACGCUGGCGAAGGAGCUGAAGGGCCCCGUCGAGGACCUGCUUCUGCUCAAUUUCCAGGCUUCCUUAAGCAGGAGAGACUUCAGUAGUGGACGAGCCAUCGAGAGGCACCAGACACAGAACUUCCUUCUUGGCUUACACAAGAUCCUGGCAGCGGCAUUAGCACCCACAUCUGAGCACAUCAAGGAUUCUGUGGUUGAUGUAAGACCCAGAGUGGAAGCUUUCUGGUUUCUUGGUGGACUUCAACCGGACAACUUGCUGAAAAAGAAGCGACGAAACUUUAAGCCCAUGAAAGACAGGGAGCAUGAGCUUAUGGAAAGAGCUAUGCAAGCAGAGAGUUCUCCCAGCCUCUGUGUCCGAACAAGUUUAGGUCUUCCGGAAGUGGUCUCCCGGGAGGACAGCCUUGCAACAAGUGCGCCAGUACCAGUUGAAAAUCUAGAUCCACGAGCCUAUGGUUUGAAGUUUGAGCACAAACAUGCUACAAUUGUCACAGGAUUCUGGCCAGGGGAGACAAAGGAACACAGCCAGCUCUGGUUGCACAGUAGAGAAUUUGAAGAAAGAUUUGGCAUGGAGUUUGGACCUCACAAUGUGCACAAUGCUUUAAUGCAGAAGAUGAUUGUAUCUUCAUUUUCUCAGGCGCUUGCACAUGCCACAUAUCAAGGAUUUGGCCCAGUGACAGAGCUGACUUACCCAAUUGUUCAACAGUCAGCAAUAUCAGACGGUCAGAAAUGGAAUUUCAGCUUGUACCAGAUGAACACAUGUGCACUUCAUUCAGAAAAGGCUACUGAAAACCCACAUAAUAACAUUCUAUGGUUGAGUCCAGAACAAAAGCUCUUUGAGGCUGUCGAAGAGAGUGGAGUGAAGGGGCUUAAUGAAGAGGUCCUGACAACUCUCAUUGCCAUGUACCUGAAAAAGGGCAUCGCCAGAGAAAAUCCAUCGCCCUACCUUGCUCCUUAUAAGCACCUAGCUGGCCACAACGCUCCUGAAGAAUACCGCGCGGAGUUCCAGGAAUACCUCCAGGACUUGCUCUCAGGACGUCCCAGGCAUCUGCUCAAACCAGAAAUGUACCUAUGGGAGAAGAUUUACAAGAGGGACAACAACACUAGGCCUUACGAACCUCCUCGUCGGUUCUUUGAGGAACAUUUCAAUCAGAAGAACCCCGAGAAGAGGCGUCUUGAUGAUUAUAGUCCCAUCUACAUUCCUAAAGCUUGCAGAAAAGAUAGGAAAAAGAAAUUCAAACCCAGAUUAAAUUCAGAGCACCUUUUUAAGUAUGAUUGAUAGACUGUUUCUGAAAAUGAGAGUGGGAAAAAAUCAUGUAGCUUGACUUUGAGAAAUGGGGUCGGCUUUACAAAAAGUGAUAGAAAUGCAGGUGCAUUAUUUAUUUGUUGACGAAUUAGUCAUAUUGCAACUUAAAUUGUUAUAGUUGUUAUGCCACUGUACAGUUCAGAGCUAGGAUGUGAGUGUUCAUUUUGUAAAUAAAUGUUUAUAAUACA